AUGGCUUCAACAAUCCUGCUCCUAGAGGCCGCUCUGGCUAUCGGCUCUGCUGUUGCUGGAACGGUUGUUUCGUGCCCUACGGCCAGCCUGCCACUCAGCUGCCAUAACACGACAGCCGCAGACACCUGCUGUGUCAACUAUCCCGGUGGCGACCUGCUGCAGACGCAGUUCUGGGAUACAGACCCUUCUGCAGGCCCUUCGAAUUCGUGGACUGUCCAUGGCCUUUGGCCAGACAACUGCGAUGGGACCUACGACCAGUUCUGCGACACAUCCAGAGAAGUGACCAACAUCACUGCCAUUCUCCGGGCAGCUUCCCCGAGCACGUUGGAGUAUAUGCAGACGUACUGGAAAGACUACAAGGGAAACGACGAGAGCUUCUGGGAACACGAAUACAACAAGCACGGCACCUGCAUCAGCAGCCUGGAUCCCACGUGUUACGAUGACUACGAGCCUCACCAGGAGGUCGUCGAUUUCUUCGAGAGUGCGGUGGCCCUGUUCAAGACGCUCCCGUCUUACGAAUGGCUUUCAGACGCCGGCAUUGUCCCCUCGACCACGGCCACGUACACGCUGGCCGCCAUCCAGAAGGCUCUCAGCGCCAAGUUCGGCCACAACGUCAUCAUUAACUGCGAUGGCAGCACGUUCAACGAGCUGUGGUACCACUACAAUGUCCGCGGCAACAUCCAGACGGGUACAUUCGUGCCUGUUGACCCCAUAGGCUCCAAGUCGACCUGUCCAUCAACUGGCAUCAAGUACCUCCCAAAGUCCGGCACCGCCACUCCCACCACCCCUGCCGCCUCGACUCCCACAUCCGGUGUGUCUCCCACAGCCGGGGCGUCCUCGGCGCUUUCUGGCCAGGGUAAUCUCUAUGUGACGACGUCAAGCUCCUCGACUGGUGGCUUCCUCAUUUCCAGUGGCACCUGGUACCGCUCAGGCAGCGCACCGGCUACCUACACGGCCACGGCGAGCUCUGAUGGUCUCACGUUCACCCUGAAAACUAGCAAGGGCCCAUGUGCCGUGCUGAGUGAUUCCUCGCUCUCUUGCGCGUCGUCCGUCACUGCCAGCACAUUUGGCUAUGACGGCCAACACUUGACCUACAACAGUGCGUCAACUUUUUAUGCUAAGGCACUGCCCAGUGGUUCGACCCAGGGAACCGUGUACACGGAAUCCCAGGCCGUGGAACUCCAAAUCACAUGGACGGCCAAGUAA